UUCGGAGAGAGAGAAUGGGUUCGGAUUUGUUGUUUCAUCCCCCCCAAUUCCACCUCCGGAGGCCGUUUUUUCAUUGUAUGCUUGUGGCGCGAAAUACUAGUUGAUAAGAAAGGUGACCAAAGAUACCCGGACCAAGGCAAGAAAGAAGGGGUGGCAGCGCGAACAGUGCCCUGGAGGAGAGGGAUGGGAAAUGAGGGUACAUACCCAGCCUGGGCCCGAUUACUGGCUCUCCCCUCCCCUGUAUUUCUCCUCUCCCUCAUUCCUCUAAAUUACUCUUAUUUUAUAACUGUUGUUCACCUGCUCUCCCUUCGUGUCUAAUCAUCGGGGUCAUAAUAUCUGCAAGGCAGCAGAAAAGAAAAGGGGGAAAAAGGAACCUCAGAACACAGAGGAGGGGGCAAACAACAUCUAACAGCACAGCAUCUGUCACAGGACACUGUCACCCCACACUACCUGUCCACUACUAAGGUUCCCUGUCCUCUUCCAUCUUUGCUACCAUUUCAGUCACACCAUUAGCUGCUGCAGUAUCUUCGACGACACUUCCAAUUCUGACAUCUAGCAACGAAUUGGGUAAGGAUAGCCAGGUCUCAAUCAGCGGCACUUCUACUUGACACCACUCCCUCCCCAUCUCACUACCUCCCCAUCAAUCGAUUCGACUUACUGUUGAAGGAUUGAAGCAGCAGCACUUGGAAACCCCCAUACUCCGAAGCCCCCCCAUAUUCCCCGUAAUUAGCUGGGCCCCGUACCGAACCGCAACCGCAACCGCGUCCUCGACUCCUCUCUCCCUUCCCCAAAAAAACAAGGAUCUAAAGGUAGCCCGAGAGUCCUUGACACGCACCAAACGCCAAUCUCCAGCCACACAUCCUUGCCCGGUUGACAUAACAAAGCCAGUCGCGCGUGGCAGCUGGGUUUUGGCUUGUGACAAGCAGUCACCUUCAAUCCGUCUUUCUCGGCCAACCCUUCCCUUCGCUUGCGACGGCUAGUCUAGGCUCCGUUCCGAUCCACACCGAAAGCUGACUGUCUGGAUUUGCUGUUACCGCCGCCUGCCGUCUACUCUACCGCGGGUCUUUCUGCAGCUACGUGUACCACUGUAACUACAACUGCAACUAUUUGAACACACCAACCACACUCGCACCACCACCACCACCACCAACACACGUUUACCCUAUUCAAGAAAUGGUCAUGUCGGCCGCUCUACGAGCUUUCCAGGCUAGGUCUGCCGCGGCACGAACGUCGUCUUUGAGAAAUCUUAGAUUCAAUCGACCCACCUUUGCAGCAGCCAUGGCUCCCGCCACGAAACGGAACAACAGUUCCCUUCCUUCAGGAUAUGUCGAGGACAAGUCCAAGGGCCCCAUGUUGAGGUUCCAGGACUCUCUGCCCCGGCUACCCGUACCUACACUCGAGGAGACAGCGGCGCGCUAUGUCAAGACACUACACCCCCUUCUCUCCGAGUCCGAGUUCGCCGCCAGCAAAAAGGCCGUUGAAGAUUUCGUUAAGCCCGGUGGCGUCGGUAGCAAACUUCAAGAGAAGCUGCUGGCCCGCAGAGAAGACCCUGCCCACCGAAACUGGCUGUACGAGUGGUGGAACGACGCAGCAUACCUGAGCUAUAGAGACCCUGUCGUGCCCUACGUCAGCUACUUCUACUCCCACCGCGAUGACCGGAGAAGGAGAAAUCCCGCCAAGAGAGCAGCCGCCAUCACAUCUUCUGUCCUUGAGUUCAAGAAACAGGUCGAUGACGGUACCCUCGAGCCCGAAUACAUGAAGAGACUCCCCAUCUGCAUGGACAGCUACAAGUGGAUGUUCAACACAAGCCGUGUCGCCGCAAAGCCCGCCGACUACCCAGUCAAGUUCUCCCACAAGGAUCACAAGUACAUAAUCGCCAUCCGCAAGAACCAGAUCUUCAAGAUUCUGCACGAGGUCGAUGGCAAGCAGCUCAACGCGUCAGAACUCGAGCAGCAGUUCAACAAGGUCUAUGAGUUGGCCCAGAGAGUCCCUGCCGUUGGUGCCCUGACCAGUGAGAAUCGCGACGUCUGGGCCGAUGCGCGCGAGAUCUUGCUCAAGGCUAGCCCCAAGAACGCUGCUGCGCUGGAGACCAUCGAAGCGUCUUCCUUCGUUGUCUGCCUUGAUGACGCCUCCCCCGUUACCCUCGAAGAGCGUGCGCGUCAAUACUGGCACGGAGAUGGCGCUAACCGUUGGUACGACAAGCCGUGCCAGUUCAUCGUCAACGACAAUGCUACCUCGGGCUUCAUGGGAGAACACUCCAUGAUGGACGGAACCCCUACACACCGUCUCAACGACUUCAUUAACGACCUCAUCUUCAAUAACAAGAUCGACCUCUCCGACCCAUCCAUUCGCUCCAACCUGCCGGACCCUCAAAUUGUCAAGUUCGAAAUCACCAAGGAAGUCCAGGCCGAGAUUGACCGCGCAAGGAAAGAUUUCCACGAUGUCAUCAGCCAGCACGAGCUUGCCGUCCAGGCCUACCAGGGCUACGGCAAGGGCCUGAUCAAAAAGUUCAAGUGCUCGCCCGAUGCCUACGUUCAAAUGGUCAUCCAGCUGGCCUAUCAUAAGAUGUACGGCAAGAACCGCCCUACGUACGAGUCGGCCGCUACCCGCCGCUUCCAACAGGGCCGCACCGAGACGUGCAGGACCGUGUCGGAUUCCUCCGUUGCUUGGUGCAACGCCAUGGCCGACCCCAACGUUGAAGACAAGGACAAGGUCGACCUGUUCCGCCAGGCCAUUGACUCCCAUCUCGAGUACAUUACCGCUGCUUCGGAUGGCAAGGGCGUUGACAGACACUUGUUCGGCCUGAAGAAGCUUCUGGAACCUGGCCAAGAGCUGCCGGCCAUCUAUCAAGACCCUGCCUUUACGUACUCGUCAUCUUGGUACCUUUCGUCUUCGCAGCUUAGUUCCGAGUACUUCAACGGCUACGGAUGGAGCCAGGUCAUUGACGGCGGAUUCGGCAUAGCUUACAUGAUCAAUGAGAAUAGCAUCAACUUCAACGUCGUCUCCAAGGGUCUUGGCAGCCAGCGCAUGAGCUUCUUCCUCAACGAGGCCGCGGGCGACAUGCGCGACCUGCUCAUGCCCACCAUCAAGCCGGCAAAGGCCAAGCUGUAAACAUGAAAAGGAGGGACCACAGAGAGAAUAUCAGAGAGAAAGAGUGAGGAUGUCUCACGGACGAAUCCGCGCCUGCAUGCGUAUUUCCAUUCAGGUGGUCGGUUGUGCUUGGCCUUGACACAAUACAGUAGAAGCAUUCCCGCGAUAUCAUAGACGUAACCGGUGGUGUCGGUGCCAUUGCGAUCAUUCAAGUUUUUCUCUCUA